GUUCGUUCGAAUACUCCUCUUCUCGCCCCAUCUACCUUGUACAUUGGUCGACUUGGAGUAACGCGGGAGCACCAUGUAUGGCCCCAAAUGGUCUUCUCUCUCAGCGCUCUUUACGCUGGUAUCUUCGUUGAGCUCGGUCAACGCGAGAUCAGCAACUGGGGACCGAGUCUUGGUGGUACUGGAACCAAAAGUGGUCAAGGAGGAUUACUCAAAGUUCUGGUCGUCCCUCGAGAAACGAGGCUUUGAAUUGACUUUCAAAGGACCAAAAGAUGAGAGCGCAGUUCUUCAACGGUACGGCGAGGCAUUAUACGACCAUUUGAUCAUGUUCACUCCGUCUGUCAAGUCUUAUGCCAACGGACUGUCACCCAAAGAGGUCAUCUCUGCCCAAUUUGCAGGUCUCAACACGCUCUACUUGCUCUCUUCCAACAUCUCCGAGAUCAAUCGCGAUACAUUCAGAGAAUACGAUCUGGAAUUUGCCGAAAGGGAUUACACGUACCUCGAUGCGUUCUCUCAUUCCCCAGGGUCAUCGUUGGCAGCUCCACUGCUGUACCCUCAAUCAUCUCUCAUCAAGAGUGGAGCAGUGUUGAGCGCCUCGACGUUGACCGGAGGCCCCAUCGUUUUCCCAGGAUCAACAAGCUUCACAUUGGGUCAAAACCCCUUCCUUGUCGAAGUGGCUCACGGCUCCAAGACGGGAUACGUCGGCGAGAACCGAUUGGUCGAUGCGGAUGAAGCAGAGGUCGAAGCUGGUCUAGGAAAACGAGACGCAGCAUCGACGACGGGUAAAAAGGCUGGAUUGGUCGCUGCCAUGCAGACGAGAGAUAACGUCAGGAUUGGAUUUGUCGCCAGUGGAUCCAUGUUCAGUGAUGAGUGGUGGGGUACAGAGGUGGAAUUGUCGAGCCCAAAGAACGUUGCGGUGCCAUCCGGAAACGCUGCAUUCGCGGAAGACUUGACUAAAUGGAUCUUUCAAGAGACAGGCGUGGUAAAGGUCAUAUCAACGACCCAUCAUCGAAAAGGGGAACUCGAACAGAGAGAAUCCUAUAGAAUCAAGGAUGACUUGACCUUCUCCAUCUCUCUCGCCGAGCACGUCACUUUACCAGACGGAACUUCCUCCUGGCAAGGGUUCGAGACCCCAGAUCUCCAACUAGAAUUCACAAUGCUCGACCCUCACAUCCGAACCUCUCUCUCGGUAGAUCCCGCCAGAUCCGAUUCAAAGCAAACCACCUAUUCAAAGACGUUUAAAGCGCCUGACAGACACGGUGUAUUCAAAUUCGUGGUCGAGUACUGGAGAUCAGGAUACAGUUACAUCAGUACCAGCGAUACUGCUUCGGUUGUCCCGUUCAGACAUGACGAGUACCCGAGAUUUAUACUCGGUGCCUGGCCCUUCUACUCCUCAGCAAUCAGUAUGAGUGCGGCCUUUUUGCUGUUCUGUGGACUCUGGGUGGCGGUAGGAGAGGGAGACAGGAAAGGGAAGAAGAAGGCUGAGUAGGCUGUCGGGCGAGCGAGCGAGCGAACGAGCGAGCAAACGGGACGGGGAAUCGAGAAGGAUCUGACGCGGAAUCGUCGAGAACUUGUGCGGCUGACAUCCUGCAAGAUCAUCUCUUCCUAGGUCUCGUUUUUAGACCUACCUCGAAACGAGGAAGAAAACAAGUAGAUUUACAUUCUACAUCGAUGCAUCAUUAAAGUCACGAG